UUGCCGCGGUCACCGGCACUGCUUCUCCGUAUUUUCAAUGUCUUCAGAAAAAAUAUUUUCUGUCAAAGACAAAGUCUUUGUAAAACGACGUGGAUAUCCUGCUUGGCCUGCUCUAAUAUCUGGUAUUAAAACUAACAGUGAAUCACAACUAAUUUAUGAUGUAUAUUUUUAUGGAACUGGUAACUACAGUGAAUGCAAAUCAGAAGUACUCAGUCUAUAUGAAGAAAACAAAUAUAAACUAGGUAAGCCCCGAAAAAAAUUAAAAAAAUUUAAAAAAUUUGUUGAAGCUCUUGUACAAAUAGAAAAUGAUACAAAAAUUGAUUUUCAACCUGAAAACAAUGUCAAAGUUGAUUUUAAAGAAUUUGUGCCACCAAUUUCCACAAAAAGCUUAAAUCAAAAAUUAUCAUUAGAAAAUGAAUCCAAAAAUGUAGAUGAAACUGAGUUAAAUUUGAAAAAUGAUGAUAAGUCAGUUAAUGAGAUAAAAAAAGAUAUAAAAGUAGUUAAAUCAAGAAAGAGAGUAUCUGAAUCUACAAAUUUAAAAAGAAAACUAUCGUCAGACACUGAAGAAGUCUCCAAGAAACUAAAAACGUCAAGAAUUUAUAUGCCCACAGAAGUUCAACCUAUAGUAUUGUUGGAACCAUUGAAUGAUAUUUUAUUAGAAAGAAAAAUGAAUGGAAAGCUGAAUUCUGAGACUGCAGAUAAAAAUGUUGCUGCCAAUGAACACAGUUCUAAAACUUUUAAUACAACUGAAUCUAUGCCUGAAUCAAGUGAUAUUUCAUUAAAUUAUUGUGAAACUGCUGAAUCUCUUGAAAUUAAGGAUAGUGCAGAAUCAAGUAACAAAAUGCUAUCAGAUUCAAGUCGUAUAUCUCGCUUUGGUCGUAAAAUCAGGCCAAAUCGAUUAUCUGACCAUGAAUUUGUUACCAAAGUGCCUAUACAUUUAAAGCCGAAGAAAGCCAAUUCCAAAACUUUAAAAAUUGAAAAUUCUGGCAAUGAUGAAACUGAUGAUUUUUUAAAACAAAAUAUCAAAACAAAAGGUUCAAAAAAAAAAGCAAGGAAGAGUUUGAAAGGUAAUGCAAUAGAAAUACUAUGUUCAUUGGACAGUGCAUCACAAGAAAUUUGCCCAGUGAACAACAACAGACAUGAGAGAAUUCCACCAAUUAAUUUGAUUAAAAAUGUCAUGGGUUCUCAUACAAAUGUAAAAGUUGAGUGGAAAAAAAUGGAAUCAAACAAAGCAGAUCAAAUUAAUUUGCUACUAAUAGAAGUAAAUUUGCUUGAUUGUAUACAUAAUUUAUGUUCUGCCUUAUCAAUUAAUCAUAGCAAGUUAAAUUAUGAAAUGGCAUUGAAGUCAUUGGAACAGAUUAGUGAAUUAGAAUUUAAUGCUCUUAUGUUAAAAAAACAUAAAGAUGUUGUUGAUAAAAUUAUAAAAGUGACAAAGUAUGUAGGUGAUAUGAAUAACUGGUGCUUAAGUAAUCAGGAAGCUAAUGAACAUGUUAAUAAAGCACACCAAAUUCGAUGCAAAGCUCAAAUGGUAUUAAAUAAAUGUAUAUCAUUAUUUACGGUACUUGAUGGACAAACAUUCCAAGAAGUAUACAAUCAAGAAGUUAAUGUAUUUUUCUCAAAGACUCAACAUUUGACCAAUGAUCAGAUUUAUGGUUGUACUUCUGAAAAUUUUCUCAAAUAAUUUCUUGUUAUAUAUUUGCAAACAAGUGCAAUUU